GGUUACCAAUGGCAACCGACAAUGAGAAAAAAUAAUUUUCUCUUAUCUUUGUGCUAAUCAAAAUUAAAUUUUAAACCAAACCAAUUAAUAAAUUAAGUAAACAGAAUGAAAAGCAAAAGUUGAUCUUUCCAAAUGUGUGAUCUUGAAAGAAAAAACCAAAUUGCGACGUGUCGAUGAUUAACUUCAAGAGACAUUUGAUUCAAGUGAAUUAUUGAUUUUGAGAAAACAAAGAGAAACCUUUUCAAAAUAGAAAACAAUUUAUCAUCGGUGCCAUUUUCUCUUCUCAGUGUUUAAUUGUAAAUGUUAAAGUGAGAAUAUGAUUACUUUUAAUUGACCCAAAAAAGAGAAGAAAAAACAAAUUGAUAAACAAAAAGAAAAGGAAAAAAGUAAAUCAACAUGAGCGGGUGAAGGAAAAAAAAGCCAAUCCAGUUGGGAGAAUGUGUUUUGUGUACCAUAGAGGGAACCACAUUUUCUUUUCUCUUGUGUUGUUGUGUUGAGAGUUAUGACCAUCUGAUGUAUUGAAUUUCAUUUUUAUUUUGUGAAUAGAGAAAAAAAAAGUAAUAAUCAAGAGAGAGAGAAAAACAAAUUUAUUGAUAUAAAAUAAUAAUUUUCGCUUUAAAUUGUUUAACUUAAGCUAGUCGUCGAUUUGUUGCCCAAAUCUUGUCAUCAAUGGUUUUCUAAAGCUUCUUGUAAUUUUCUAUUCUUCUUUGGAGAUUCCAUUUAAAUCCUGGAACCAAUUUAAAGAGACAACACAUUAUAUUUCCAUAUACCGAUUGUGUGUGUGUGAGUAUAUUUUUGGUGUGAAUGUAAGUGUGUGAAUGUGUGAAUGUGUGUGUGUGUGUGUGAGUGUGAGUGAGUGAGUGAGUGUGAUUUAUGUGUCGGUAAAUUGUUGGUAAAGGUAACAUGUCGGAACUGAAAGGAUCUCCCAACAUUAAAGAUUCCUUUGAACAGACCAAUUGUCUUAUUGACAAGGAAGGUUUGGCCUUGGCUCUUAAACACUUUACCAGUUCUACAUUAACCAUGAGAUUGGCCGGUAUUACUCAGAUUAACAAUUAUAUUAAUCUAUUUAAUGAUUAUUGUCAAUCAGAUGGUGGUGGUGGCGGCGGCGGUGGUGGUGUUGGUCCUGCUGCUGUAGGUGUUGGUAUUGGUGUUGGUAUUGGUAUCGGUGGUAAUGUUACUGGAAAUAGUGGUAACGUUGUUGGUGUUUCAAAUGGAAUAGUUAAUGACAAUGGACUUGAAUUUCUUGCCAAACCAUCUGAUGGUGAAGAAUUAGCUGAUUGGAUUUUAAAGAAUAAAAUCAUUGAGCAUAUAUUUGGUCCAAAUUUACAUGUUGAAGUUAUCAAGCAAAGUCAUAUUGUUCUAAAUUUUGUUGUCUCUCACCUAACAAAGGAACACAUUGAUGUUAUCUGGAGUUCUGCUCAACUUAAACACUGUAGUCGUCAAGUUUUUGAUAUUUUAAUACCAUUAAUCAAGAACAUGAAUAUUGAUACAGUUUUACAUCUUUACUCGUUAAUAAGAAAUUUGGAACCCAAGGAUCAUACCGAGCAAACACUUCUUAUUUCAUCUUGUCUUCUUAAAAUUAUCUGGACUAAAUCUCUUAAUCUUUCUGAACCUCCUGCCUUUAUACGAGAAUGUAAUCCAUUAGAUGAUCUUUCCAUGGUUAAAAGUCCAAUUUUUACUUUAUUACCUGGAUCACCUUUAGACCAAAGGCAUGGAGAUCAAAGCAGUUCAAGUCCAAGUGUUGAUGGAAGUGAUGAAGACGAUGAAGAUGAUUUUGAGCAAACAAUGAAAUACAAACCUCAGCCUAAAGAACACAUUAAAAAUAACCAUACAUCCGAUAGUCAACAAACGAGCUGUGGUAGUCAGAGUUCCUCUGAUGAGGGUAACUCAAAUGGUAAGAAUUUUUCAACAUUUCGACCAUUACAUCGAAUAAUUAACACCAUCAAGAUCGAAGCUGAUGUUCCUUUUGUUACUCAAAUGGAAGAAGAUGUUCACAAGAGAACCAUGGAUUCGGACGAUGAAUCUUCUACUCUAAUUGAACCAGUUCCUCUUCAAGGGUCUCGUUCAACAAUUGAUCCUUUAAAGAAAAACGAUUCUUCUUCACCUUUAGUGUUGGAAAUGGAAGAUUCCAGGAUAAUCCCUAUGAACCAUAGUUCCUCUUCUCAUCUCAAUAAGAUUGGUGAUGAUGAAGAAGAAGAAGAAGAGGAAGAAGACGAAGAGGAUGAAGAGGAUGAAGAUGAUGAAGAUGAAGACGGUGAUGAUGGUCUUUUACCUCAUCUGGUUAAAUCUGCUGUUAUGUCGGAUCAAUCGGCUGGUGUAAUGUCCAAUUCUGAAGAUGAUAAACUUUUAAGUGACAAUAAUAGUAACAGUUCACAAGUUAGUCAAUCAUCACAAAAGAAUAUGGCUGAUUUUGAUGGUGAAGAUUCUGCUUCUUUUUACAAUUUUGAUGAUUUCUUUGAUCCAUCACGUAAAUUGAUUCUUAAAAAUUCAACCUCAACACAAUUAGCAACCAUUAGCGCUUGUCUUCAGCCUCACAAUUUUCCGGAAAAGAAGCGAACAAAAUACCGACCAGAUGAAGAUGUAACCACGGCUACUCCCGUUCUCCCUUUACCUAUCCCAAGUGAAGAUAGUGAAUCUAAUGGUGAAUUAUCAAAAUUUACCAUUGAUAAUGUUUGUAAAUCCGGUCAGACAAUUUUAUGGGAUCUACUUCAAGAUGAUUGUAUUGGUCAACUUUCUGAUGGAUUAUCUCAUGAUUGUGAAAAAAUAUUGUGUAGUUUAAUCUGUUGGAUUGCCGAUAGACGGAUAAGAAUGAAAUUUAUUGAAGGUUGUCUUGACAAUUUAUCAAAAAAUUAUUCCAUCAUUGUAUCAAUACGUUUACUGCCCAAAUUGUUCAUCUCAUUUCAACAAUAUCGAGGAGGCAUGGAUACUCAUUCGAUAACAUUGUGGGCAGAUAAAGAGAGACAAAUGUUGAAAUAUUUUUUCUCAAAUCUUAUUCUUUACACCAAGAGAAGGGAAAUCAAAUCAACAACCAAUUCAUCAGGAUCUUCUCAUGAAUUAUAUACCCAUACCGAAGAGCUACAAUCAAGAUUACAAUUUCUUACCUUCAUCUUUUCUUACGCUGGUUCACCGGAAACCUUUCAAUUAUCCAAAGAUCAAGUUGAUACUUUAUGGAAUUGUAUUGCAACCGACAAAGAAUGUAGUGAUGAACUAUUUAGUUGGCUAUUGAAUCAAGUUCGAACUCGCGAUCAACAUGCUUUAGGAGCCGAUAUGUUUAAAUAUAUUCUUACCAUGAAAAUCCCAACACUAACUCCUGAUAAUUUCUCUAUGGUUACACUUGAGCUUUUACAACAAUUAUUUGGCUUUGUACUAACUCGUCCUCAAAUGAGUGAAUCAGCUGACGUUGCAAUCAAGAAAUUAUGGGACAUCGCUUUACUUUCAUCUAAUUCUUAUGUUAGUAUGGCAGCAAUUAGAAACUUAAACAAUUAUUAUGUACAUCUACCAAUCUCUGGUUUGGAAAAAGAGGAAGAAUUUGUUCACCAAUGUAUGGAUUAUCUGAAAACAUCUUCAAUCCAAUUGUCCCAAGAUGAGGAUAAAAAUUUAACAAUCAUCCAAAGAGCUCUAAUCCUAUUGAAAACUCACCUUGAAGCGUUUCGCUGUCGUUUCUCUUACCAUUUAAGACUUUUCCACCUAAACGGUGAAGUUUCAGUUAUCAGUCAUUGUGACAAUUGUAGUUCACGAGCAAGUCAACAAUUGAUUAAAAUUAUCUGCCAUCCAGCUUCAUCUAAUGAGAAAACCGUUUUCGACAUGUAUUCAUCUGACUAUAUUGGUGAACUUCGAGCUGAAAUCUAUCAUUGGUUCCAAUUGGUUGUUAAAAAGUGUAAAUCAACUUCAAGUGGAGAUGAAAAACAAGUUAGUGCCUCUUUUGAUGGUCCAUUGAGGUUACUAUCUCAAGGUCAAGAAUUGACACACGAUCUUGAUGAGAAAACACUUUCCGAGAUGGGAUUUAAAGAUAAUCAAGUUGUCUACGUGUCAAUUGGCGUAACACGACCAAGUCGAAAACUUCGUGAUACCGUUGAUCCGGCAUCAUUAUUACCCCCACCGCCCAAGAAUCGUUUACCAUCAAUUCUGCUUCUUCAGCCAAACUAUUUUGAACAACUUUUUGACCUAAUGCAACUUUUAGGUUCAAUGAAAUUAUCAUCAUUAUCUAGAGCUCAGGUUUUAUCUCGCCAAGUUUGGGAGAUAAUCAAUAUCCUUCCUACUUCACCCGAUUUGUUAAAAUCUUUCCAAAGUAUAACUGUUAACGAUGAUUCAACAAACGAAUCUUCAAAAAGUUCAUCAUCAUCAUCAUCAUCAUCUUCUUCUUCCUCCCUCCGAGUUAAUGGUCUUCUAUCACCCAGUAGUCCACAGAAAUUAAUCUAUUCAGUUCAAAUAGUCGAAUGGCUUCAGCGAACCUCAAAGAAUGAAGAAAAUGGUUGGGCUCAAAAGUUUAUCGAUUGUGUUGGUUUACAACAUUUAUUUGAUAUUUUUGUCUCUGGUGUUUUACAACAAGGAGAUUCUGAGACUUGGAAUGAAUGGAAACAAGAUUGUCUCGCUUCAUUGUUGCAUUUAAUUUAUCAAUUUGGUAUUGAUUCCCUACCAAAAGACUGUAAUAAAUUAGAGACCAAUAAUUGUCAACCAAUCAAUGACACAACCACAACCAUCAACUCUAACAUUACCAAUAGUAUUAGCAUAACAAGUGACAAUUCAAUAACCACAAUUAACUCAGCUAAUACUGGUAUUACAAUUACCGCCUUUCCAACAAACCCUCCAUCAAAUCUAAUGGGUAAUAAUACUAACAAUAAAGGUUUUUCAGAAUUUGGUAAACGAAAGAGAAACCUAAAAGUGACCGUUGAUAAACUUUUGGUCCAUCAAUUUAAUGAGAAACUAUUGGAAAUGCUUCGUGAUGCCGAAUCAACAUUAAGAGUUUUAUUGACCGUUCUUAAUGAGACAACUUCAAUCUCAGCCGAAUCAAACAAUUACCAAACCCGAUUCUGGGGUCGUGCUCAAGUUGUCCAUAGUACACUUCAGUUCCUCAUCUCAUGGGCUUUCUCUGAUCCUCAAAUCAAAUGCUCUCUCUUUCAAUAUCCUAAUUUCAAUUGUUUGCUUAAAAAAUUGGUUCUCGAUGAUCCUGAUCCCGCUGUUCGGCGAGAAGCGUGUACAGGAUUCUACAGAAUGUGCCUUGGAAGUACUUCUUCUCGUAAAACUGGACAUAUCUUUAUCCCUAAAAUGUUAAGCUCUCUUUUAGCCUUUCUUUCUGAUGCUCAAGCCAUGAAACCAAUGGCAACGGAGCUUUUGUCUUCAUCAAACAACACACUUACUCCAUCAUCUGCCUCAUCAUCAUCUUCUUCAUCAUCAUCCUGCUCUUCAACCUCAACAUCAGCUCAUGUUAAUGAAACAAUAGGAUAUAUUGACAAAGAACCUUAUGGACCGGGUUGUAAAGACUAUUUCUGGCUGGUUUGUCGUCUUGUUGAUUCCUUGGAUGAUUCAAAUCGCGAUGAGAUGAUGAACGAUUUGAACAAUUUAUGCUAUUACAUGGCAUCAACAAUUGAGAAUCGUGAGAUUUGUGAGACUCGAUUCAACUAUGUUGAAGAUGAAGGACUUCGUGGAUUAUUGUCUUUAAUGACCGUUACAAUUAAACAAAAUCCACCUUACAUGUUUUCAGAUGAAGGGAAUAAAUUUUUAGUCUCUGCUUUUGAUCUUCUAUUUGCAACUCCAAAUCAAAGUGAUAAAAAUUUACCUAAAUGUAAAUCUCAGGCCACUCGAUCAGCUGCCUAUGAUUUACUUGUUGAAUUGACAAAAGGUUGUGAAGAAAAUACUAUCACUCUGCUCAAAUUAUUGUUAAAUCAACAUAAAUCAUCAUCACAUGCUUCAUACCCUUGGGAUUAUUGGCCUCAUGAUGGUUGCCGAUCAGAGUGCGGUUAUGUUGGUUUACUCAAUCUUGGUGCUACCUGUUAUAUGGCCUCUUGUGUCCAGCAUCUUUUCAUGUUCCCUGAGGUUCGAGCUGCAAUUCUAUCAACUAAAGUUACCAAUGAAACUAAAUAUUCAACCAUUUUACAAGAACUUCAGAAAAUGUUUGCCUUUCUAGCAGAAAGUGAAAGAAAAGCUUUCAAUCCAAAAAGUUUCUGUAAAGUUUAUACGAUGAAUAACCAACCUUUGAACACUGGAGAGCAAAAAGAUAUGACCGAGUUUUUCACUGAUCUCAUAAGUAAACUAGAAGAAAUGUCUCCUCAUUUGAAAGAAACGGUAAAAAGCCUUUUCGCUGGUACUCUAUCUAACAUUGUGGUCUCACUGGACUGUCCUCAUAUUAGUCGGACAACUGAAGAGUUUUAUACUUUAAGAUGUAAAGUCGCUGAUAUGAGACAUCUUUGGGAUUCAUUAGAUGAACUGACCGUUAAAGAUACUCUUGAAGGUGAUAAUAUGUGGACCUGCAGUCAAUGUGGACGUAAAGUGAGAGCCGAAAAGCGAGCUUGCUUGAAAAAGAUUCCAAGAAUUUUGAGUUUCAAUACGAUGCGUUAUACAUACAAUAUGCCAACUCAAACAAAGGAAAAAGUCAAUACUUACUUUUCUUUCCCAUUAAGACUGGACAUGUCCCCAUAUCUUGAAGAAAAUUUAGUUCCUGGGGAAGGAUCAAGUACCAAGAAAGAUAAUGAUAAGAAUAAGAACAAUACUACUUCUUGUGAAGAUAAAAUUAACCAAGACAUCAAAAGUGAUAGUGAUAUUUGUGAAGAAAAUGGUGUUUCUGAUAAAGAUUCAAAUGGAGUUGAUCAUCAAACAAAUGAAAGAAGCAAUAAUGACCAAGAAAACAUGGAGAGUCAAAUGAGCGAUGAAAAAUGUGAUCCAAAUGAAGGGGAAAAUGUAAAUGAAAAUGAAAAUGAUGGUGAUGAUGAUGAUUAUGAUGAUGAAUCAACCGAGUAUGAGCUUGUCGGUGUUACAGUUCACACUGGUAACGCGGACGGAGGUCAUUAUUAUUGUUUUAUCCGUGAACCUGAUCCAUCUAAGGGUAAAGAUAAAUGGUAUAUGUUCAAUGAUGCCGAGGUGAAACCUUUCGAUGCUAGUCAAAUAGCUGCUGAAUGUUUUGGAGGUGAGAUGACCAGUAAAACAUAUGAUUCAGUUAAUGACAAAUUUAUGGACUUUUCAAUCGAGAAGACGAAUAGCGCUUACAUGUUAUUCUAUGAAAGGUUAACCAAGAGCAGAAAAAAUGAAAAACCUACAACAGCAAUAACAGUAAAUUCCCUGAACAUCAAUGAAGAAAAGCCAAUGAGCAAAACUGUGAAAACCAAAUCCGAAAUUGAAUCAAAUCCAGAAAUUAGUAAAUGGAUAUGGGAAGAUAAUAUUCAAUUUCUUCGUGAUAAAAGUAUUUUCGAGCCAACAUAUUUCAACUUUAUGUGGCAAGUUUGCGGUUAUAUACCAUCAACAUUAUCAGAUCGUUCGAGAGUCGCUUUGGUUAACGCACAAUUGGCAACCUCAUUUGUAUUGGAAACUUUCAUUCACUCCAAAGAGAAACCAUCAAUUGCCAAUUGGAUUGAAUUACUGACCAAACAAUUUAACACGAGUCAACAAACGUGUGAAUGGCUUCUUGAAACGUUAGCAGAAGAUUAUCAUAACUGGCCAGUUCAAAUUUUGAUUAAAUGUCCAAAUCAAAUGGUUCGCCAAUUAUUUCAACAGCUGAUUAUUCAUGUCAUUUCACAAAUUCGUAAUUCUCAAGAAGAAUUGUACAAAAAAGGUCUUCAAGAAGAUAUUUGUAACAAUGACCUUAAAGAACUUUCCUUUUCUUCAUCAUCUUCACCUUUACCAUCACCAACUCAAUAUCCCAACGUAUCAUUAUCUUCAACAACAACAACAACAACAACAACAACUUCUUCACCACCGCCUCAUCUUCCACCUCCACCACCUCCUUUUCAAACCAAUCAAUUGAAAACCUCUCCUUCAACAUCACCACCUCCCGUUGCAUCAUCUUCAUCAACAUCAGUACGAAGUUCAACUUCAACUUUACCUACAGUUACUCCAGCAAUUACAACACAAUCAACAUCAUCUCAUCAUCCACUGUCAACAUCAUCAUCACCAACACCAUCGAUUUCGUCUUCACCAUUAUCCUCAUCAUCAAAUUUAAAAGGACAUUGUGUCGCUCGUUUCGUCCGUCGAUUGGUAUCCCUAGCCGAGUGCAAUAAUAGUUUGGUUCGACCUCAUCUUAGACAUUUAACCGAAUAUUUUACCCUUUUGUUUGAAUUUUCGAAACUUGGUGAAGAAGAGACCAAUUUUUUGCUCCGAAUUAAUACUAUUUCUGUAGUGGUGCAAUUUUAUCUCAGUCAUUAUAAGGGAGCAGGAGAGUGUGUUGAGAUUCUUUCCGAUGAAGAUGAGGAAGAUGAAGAAGAGACCGUCCAAAGUUUGUUCCUUCAAGGUUUUCGCGCUGCCGCUUCGAUGCCUCCAAUCAAUUUACCUGAAAAAUAUCCAAGACCUGCUUCUCUUGAUAAAAUGAUCACCUUUGUGACUAGUUUAAUUGAAAAAUCUCGUUCCUCAUCAGCUUCAAAUCAGCUUGGUUUAAGUUCAAGUGACCUGGAAUCCGUUCUUGGUGGUAAAAGUUUCCCAUUCAUACAAAGACAAAUUCGCGAUAACAUUAACCUUCGUCAAAGUUUUAGUCUUAUCUGCAGUCUUUCUCGUUAUAAUGAGACCACCGCUCAGGGAAUUGUUAAUAUGCUUCUACAUUCAAUUUCUCGUCAACCUGAGACAAGUCAACCCUUUUUUCGUAUCCUCUCGAUGCUAGUCGAGUUAUCACCCGAACAAAGUGGUCUCCCUUCAUUUAGUAAUCUAAUUUAUCCAAGAAUCUGGGAAAUCGCUGAACAAAAUCCUCACCAUUGCCUCGAAUGGUUAACAGCCCAAGUACCAAGGAACAAGGCUGCACAUGGUUUAGUUUUAUUCAAUCUAAAUAAUUGGGUUGAAUAUUUUCUACUUGCCCACAACAAUCAGCGUGUUCGUAAUGCAGCAGCUCUUUUAAUCAUUUCACUAGUUCCCAAUAAUCUUUUCCGUCAAUCAUAUUUCAAAUCACCUCGAACAUUAAUGUUGACCACUCGUGAAACAAUGGAACUGACCAAUGAAGCUAUUCAAAUCAUUCGACAAGUAUUUACUUGUUUACUUCAGCACUUGAAAAACGCCAAAAAUUAUUUGGAUCCACAAACUCAUGGAACAGCAAAGUUAACCUCCUAUUUCGCUGUGAUGGCCUAUUGUUUGGUCGGACGUCAAGAGAAGCUCAUGUUGAUUCCUUACUUUUCCGAUCUAUGGAAUCUCUUUCAGCCCAAACUAAGUGAACCUGCAAUCGCCAUAAAUCAGAAUAAACAAAGUCUCCUCUAUUUCUGGCAUCAAGCUUGUAUCGAUUGUCCAGAAAAUAUCAAAUGUAUUGUUCAAAAUUCUCAUGUGACCAAAAACAUCGCAUUCAAUUACAUAUUAGCCGAUCAUGAAGAUCAAGAGGUUGUUCUUUUCAAUCGAAUGAUGUUACCUUCUUACUAUGGGCUACUCUAUCUUUGCUGUUCUCAAUGUCGCUCAUUCACUCGACACUUGGCCUUACACCAGAAUAUUCAAUGGGCUUUCAAGAACAUUACCCCUUAUUAUACUCAGUACCAAUCGGCUGUUUCUGAACUGUUCAAAUUGAUGAAGCUUUUCAUCACCGUUCAUCCAGAUAGCACUGAAAUUGAACUUCGAGAUAUUUUAUCCUUCAAACGUAAUACUCUUCAGAUGUACCUAACAUCAAUGGAUUCUCGUUCAUGUUGGACCACUUUAAUUAACGCUUUCUCGAUUCUUAUCGAUAAUGAAGAAGAUCAAAUAUUUGCAAUUCUUAAUGGAGGGAUAAUUGCACUUAUCCAAUCAUUCAAUACACUUUUCAUGAUGUUUCAUGAAGCAACCGCGUGUCACAUUACCAAUGAGAUAGUUGAUCUUCUUAAAUUAAUGGCCAGUUUAUUGCAAACAUUAAGAAACUCUCAACAAACUGAAGCUCGUGAAUGGUCAGCUAAAUGGAAAGAUCAUUUAGAAUUAAUUAGAAAAUUGAUACUCUUAUUGAAUACUUUCACUCCAAGUGAUGUUAGAAGCUCAUGCAUGGCCGUACUCCUCGAAAUAGUUCAAAUUCAUCCUAAAGAUUGUGUACCUAUGGUGGUUCAAACAUUGGGCUUAGGACAUUUAACAUUCCAAGAUCAAUUGUUAAAUUUUUCUGCUGGUCCAUUUUUCCCAAGAAGAGGUCAAAGAGCAACUUUGUCCAAAUCAAGUUUAAGACCAUCAAGACCUGUCUUUCAAAUGCAUUUUCAUCCCAAAAUGUUGGAAGUUAAUCUUGGUGCCGAUGAAGAUUAUGAUAAAGCCAUCAUAGAGUAUUAUUUGCCAUAUUAUAAAUUCAUCUGUGAUUUAUGUCGAAUUGCUGUUUCUCAGAAUAUUGUUAAUCCAGAACUUGUUGGUCUUUGUUCAAUGGUGGCUUCUGAAUCAUUAUUAAUGCAAAUAACGUUAUUUCCUGAAUUGUGGUUAAAUUAUUCCAAAUCAUGUGAUGAUGGGGAACAAGAAUUUUUCAAUUUACUUUGUACAUCGUCUAAUUAUUUUCGUGACUAUAUUUGCAUGAUAUUAACUGGUGAUCGUAAUUUUCUCAAUGAAGAUAUUGUUUAUGAACUUGUCAAAUCGUGUCUUCACAAGGUUUAUGGUCUUAUAAUUAAUCAACAUUUCAUAUUGAAAAUGUUGAAUAUCGUUAGCUCAUUAAGAGAGAGAUUGGAACACACUGAUUUGCUUAAAGAUGCUAAAAGCUUAAUUGGAGAUAUUCGUGUUAUAAUACUUAUAAUGAGCUGUGACCCACCGUCAAAUUUAUCUAAUGAUUUGAAAGCACCGAUGCUCAAGUUCAGGGAAAAAUGUUUAAGUUUAAAAGCAGCAUCAGAAGAAGUAUUAUUUGAACAUGAAACACCUCAUAAGAAACGGAAAACUCAAGAUGAUUUGUCAAUGGAAGAAGAUUCUAAUAAGGACAUUUUAUCAGAAAAUACAGAAAAUAUGAAAGAUCGUUUAGAAAAGACGAUAAUUGAAUUGCAAAAAGUUUUGGAUAAUAAUUGAAUUGUUAUUCUUAUUGAAUAAGAAACUUAUUUGAUUAUCUAAUUUCUCUCUCUCUCUCUCUCUCUCUCUCUCUCACAUAGACAGAUUAAUCUGUAAAUCCAGAUAUAUAAAUAUAAAUGAGAGAGAAAAAGAUAUCAACUGUGUAUCAAAUAUUGUAAAUGUUUCUUCUUGACCAUCUACUAUCUUUAUCAUAAUAUUCAUCAUCUUUUUUGGUCUAUUUUCA